GCAGGGCGCGCCGGAGGGGUUCGGGCCAGGGUCUGCGCCGCCGCCGCCCCCGCCCCCGCCCGGCCACCGUGUGGCCUGGGUCGCGCAGGCAAGCGCGCGCACUUUCUCCCGACUUGCGCGGCCCGGGCCCGCGCGGAGCACCCAGGCCCGGGAAGCGCCCCGGAGCGUAGACGCCCCUCGUCCACCCCCGCAGGCGGGAGCCUCCGCUGACCCGCCUUUCCGCCGCCGCCCACCCAUCCUUUUGGGAGACUGACACUGUCUUGGAAGAGAGCCUGGGCUCGCUAGUGGCCGGAGACCUGGCCUCUGGCCCUGACUCUGCCUUGGCCACUCACCCUAAGUCUCCAGGCCACGGCUCUUUAAUCUCUAAAAUGGAGGAUGGCGGUAUCUGCCCUCCCUGUACCACGGGGCUCGCAGGGUGGGCACUGCCUGCCUGGAACCUGAGUCUCAGCCCGGCAGCCUUGAGACUCGUUUGGGAAGCCUUCCAAAUGCUGAGGCACCAGAAUCACCGGGAGAUUGUGAUACGCGGCGGGGACUGAAAGCCACUGGCCCAGAGUGACAGUACUAUGGUCGUGUGCUGUGAUCGGUCAGAAUAUGCACUUCGUCCAAGGUUCAUCAUUGAUAGUCAUGAGAAAGCAAGCGGGUAGAAGAUGUCUAUGGAUGUGACGUUUCUGGGGACAGGCGCAGCAUACCCAUCCCCAACUCGGGGUGCCUCUGCCCUGGUCCUUCGGUGUGAGGGUGAAUGCUGGCUCUUUGACUGUGGGGAAGGAACCCAGACACAGCUUAUGAAAAGCCAACUGAAAGCAGGGAGAAUUACCAAGAUCUUCAUCACGCAUCUUCACGGAGACCAUUUCUUUGGCCUUCCUGGCCUCCUCUGCACAAUCAGCCUGCAGAGUGGCUCCACGGUCACCAAACAGCCUAUUGAAAUCUAUGGCCCUGCAGGGCUUCGGGAUUUUAUCUGGCAAACCAUGGAAUUGUCUCACACAGAGUUGGUCUUCCCUUAUGUGGUUCACGAGCUGGUGCCUACAGCAGAGCAGUGUCCCAUAGAGGAACUGAAAGAAUUUGCACACAUGAAUAGAACAGACAGCUUUUCCAAAGAGGGAAAAGGAAGAACUAUCCUAUUAGACUCAGAAGACAACUCAUACCUUCUGGUUGAUGAUGAGCAGUUUGUUGUAAAAGCAUUUCGCCUCUUUCACCGAAUUCCCUCCUUUGGGUUUUCAGUUGUGGAGAAGAAACGCCCAGGUAAACUCAAUGCACAGAAACUGAAAGACCUCGGUGUCCCGCCAGGUCCUGCCUAUGGGAAGCUGAAAAAUGGAAUUUCUGUUGUUCUGGAAAAUGGCGUUACAAUUUCUCCCCAAGAUGUCUUAAAAAAGCCCAUUGUUGGAAGGAAAAUCUGCAUUUUGGGUGACUGUUCUGGGGUUGUGGGUGAUGGAGGAGUGAAGCUGUGCUUUGAAGCAGACCUGUUGAUCCAUGAAGCGACCCUGGAUGACGCCCAGAUGGACAAAGCGAAGGAGCACGGCCACAGCACGCCUCAGAUGGCAGCCGCCUUUGCGAAGCGGUGCCGAGCAAAGAGGCUGGUUCUCACUCACUUCAGUCAGAGGUACAAACCAGUGGCCUUGGCCAGAGAAGGAGAAACAGAUGGCAUUGUAGAACUGAAAAAGCAAGCGGAAUCGGUGUUCGAUUUCCAAGAAGUGACUCUAGCAGAAGAUUUUAUGGUGAUUGGCAUUCCGAUCAAAAAAUGAAAGCCAUGUUCCUGAAUGCAUAUGCCCUGUCUAUCCACACGUUACUGAACCUGCAGUCAAGUUUGUUGUUGUUGCUGUUGUCAUUGUGGUUUGGGUCUAAAAUUAUUUGGGUCCUAAUAAUCCUAAGAAAUACGGAGCUGCAUCGCUGAACAGACUCCGCAGGGAGAGGGAGCAAACUUUUUGAUAAUAAAUCAUUUUAAAAAGAAAACAAAAAACAGCAUCCUUUUUAAAGUCCAACUUGGACAAAAUGAUAGACUAGUCAGGUACAUUUCGUGUUGUGUGGCUGCUGCUUCAGAUACACGCCAGGACCCCGUCCAAUCCUGGGCUCAGCUUCUGCCUAGCUUCAUUGCUGUUGUUGGCAAGGUACACAGGGGUUGGCCCUCUCGGCUAAAAAUGGUAUUUGGCUGUUUGUGUUGAAUCUUUUCGUGUUAUUAACAGAAGAGAGAGAAGUGUAAGGAGACAUUGGACGUGCAGAAUUGAAGCUGGCAUGUUCAGUCUUGAAUUCUUUGCUCGAAUACUGAAUGCAGGGGCGGGCUAGGUGUUUAUCCUUCAAUUAAUAUGUUAUUGAACUUUCCGGUUUGCUCUGAACCUGUGGUUCUCCUCAGAGGAUGAUACCACUCCCCUAGAUGGAGUUUUCAAAUUGUUGAGGAUGUUUCUUGUCAAAAUGAGUGGGGGUCGGGGGAGAGCCCUACUGGUAUUUAGUCAGUAGGAGCCAGGGAUGCUAGAUCCUGCAAGGUUUGGGUCAAUCCUGUACGAUGAAGAAUUAUCUCACCCUAAAAUACAAAUUGCAGGUACGUAGCAACUUAAAACUUAUUCUCCCCUGUGAAUAUACUUUAUCAAAAUUGGUGACAUAAUGAGUUGAAUUAUUGACAUAAUUGUUGAAUUCUACAACAAAUCCUGAAGAAGUAGCUAAGUAAAUAUGUUGGGAUUAGAAUGUCAUAUCAAAUGUUACUUGACAGAAAUGAGCCAUGAGCUGGAGCUUAUGAAUCCAGAGGUAAAGAAAUGAUAUCUAUUUUCAACUGAGGUUUAAUUUAGGUGUUCCUUUUAAUAAUUCUUUGAGUACAAUUUUAAUAAGUGUUCUUUCUAGAAUAGCUUUUCCUUCUGAGGUGUCUUCUACCUCCCUUCUGUCUGCCAUGGGUUAUCUCUGAGUCAUUGGUCCCACAAUAUUUCUCAAAAUGUGUUACAUGGAAAGCUAAUCAGUUCAAAAGGGCUGAUUCAUUCAAAAGGGCUCCCUAAUCAAAUCAGUUUGGGAAACCCUUUAUGCUAUGUGUUUCUCUGGGAGUGUUCUAGUGUCCAUUGAUAUAUUAAAAACAGUACUGCUGGAGUGGUCCGAAACCAGUCUUCCGUGCCAAGUAGACCUGACUUCAGAGUCCCAUUGUGUACCUUCUCGUGGUACCUGUGCAGUCUGGAGCAAAUUACUUUCUCUGAGCUUCUGCUUGCUUAUCUCUAAAAUGUGAAAAAUAAUACCUAUGUCCUAGGAUCAUUGUGAAGCUUAAAUAAGGCAGUGCCUCAGAAGAAUGUAGCACUUUGCUUAAAAGCACUGAGAAGUCCUGCAGUCCUGAGUCUCUCAGCUCUACUGAACCCCACUUUUAGUCCUGUUUCAUAUAUUCUUUAUUAUCAUCUCAAGAACCUAGUAUUUUAUAGUACACGUAUUUGGAAGUAUUGUCACGUGUACACUAUUAAGUUUCUUUGGGUUCUGGGGUUUCUUUAGUAAAAAAAAAAAAAAAAAAAAGACUCCUGGAUAGUUCUGGAGUCCCUAAAGUAGUGAUAAUCAAGAUGGGUCUAGUUCCUCAAGACCUCAAUCAUUCUGAAGCAGCCUCCAGAAGGGUCUGAUCUGGCUCUAGGCUCUCGGCCUGCCAAAGUACCAGAUUUUGACUAGCCUUAAACUUGGUUUCUGAACUCAGUUCAAACAAGCAUUUAUUAGACACUUAGUGUGUGCCCAAAUCUGCAUAAGACAGAAUGGCUAGUACUAGUACCUCUACUGCAUGGAGCUUUUGAGGGUGAAGACUGUGUAUCUUAGUCACCUCUACAUUCUCAGAAAUACCCACCCAUGGUAAGCAUUCAGAAACGUUUACCAAAUGAAACGAGGUCUUGAUAUUGUGAGCGUAUGAACUUUAGGACCUAAAGUUCAGGACCUGUGCCUAGCCCAUUUCAUUACUGUAUUUGUCCAGAAAAUUUUACCCAGUUGGUGGUGCCCCAUUCACUGAGUACCAACCAAGUACCAGGCUUUACUGCGUUGGGAGUAUGUAAAGGAACAUAAGACAAAAUUCCCAGGCUCACUGUCUAAGUGGUUGAGACAGAUAAGUAAACAAAAGUAAACAGGCAGCUCUAAUCCUGUGGCCUGGCACUCAGUUUGCUGUUCCUGAGCAUUAUUUGGUAGCUGACCUGAACUGUGCCCUUAGAAUCAGGCUCUAUUAAUACAUGUGGGCUAAGCCCUCAGAGACCAUAGGAAUGUGGGAAUGAAUUGAUACGUUGGAUCAAGUGUAGGGUAACAGUCCACAGUGAGAAUUCUUUCUUGGACUCUUUUGGCCUAGAAUUUGUUCUUAAUGGUAGGACACACUCUAAGAAUUUGUGGAGCUAGAGUUAAGAAUGAAACGUAUAUUGGACUUCCCAGAUCCUGUAUUCUGCUUGUGGUUGUAGGACUCUAAGAAGGGAUUAGAAUAUGUAUUGUGCCUGAACUUAUUCAAUCACUGCGUCCUCUAUUGGCAAGGAACAUCUUGGAACCCUGAGAAAUGCUGUUGUUCCUUAAUACUUCCCAAAAUUAUUAUAUUUCUAGUUUUUACCUGCACCAUUGAUUAAGGUAAUGAAUUCUAUAUCUACACUCAGUUGGCAGGAAUCCACAAGUAACUGCUUGCUUUAGAUAAAAAAUAUGCACUUUCCAGUUCUCAAAAGGUGUUUAGACUUGCCCAAGUGGACCCCAAAUCAGCUGUUUCUAAUACUCAUGCCUCGUUAAUAUACUUUCAAUGAACUUUUAAUCAUACAAGCAGCAUAUGCUCAGUAGAGAAUUUUUUAAAAAAAGAUUCAAGAAAAGAAGGUGAUGACCCCGAAUUCCACCCACCAGAGAGCUACCACUUCUGGCCCAGUGGUCCUACAGCUGAAGUACGAGUCAGUAUUCCUCAAGGUCGUAUGGAGGUAGGCAAGUGUGUAAGGAGACAGAGAUCCUUGGGCUCUGAUUACAAAGAUGAAUUCAGUAGUUCUGGGGUGCGACCCAAGAAUCUGCAUGUAUAAAUAAGCCCAUCCUCUCCCGUUAUUCUGAAGUAUAUGGGUGACAGAUCACAAUGGGAGAAAAAACUCUCUUUUUUCUGUGCACUAAAAAAAUUGGAAUGUGUAUAGAUACUUUAUGUAUAUAUAUAUAUAAACAUAUAACAUAUUUACAUGUGUGUAUAUUAUACACAUGCAUAUUUUUACAUGUACGUUGACCUCGACUGUUUUUCUCAUUUAACAUUAUGAGCAUUUUCCCACAGCAUUAACUGUUCUUUGAAAGCAUGAAUUUAAUGAUUUUAUAUUAUUCCAGUCUAUGGUUGUAACAUAAUUUAACCAUUGUCCUAAUUUGGGGGCAUUGAGAUUGUUUUCCGUUAUGUGUAAAUUAUGUACUAUUUGAAUAAUAAUAUGAAUAUUCUCGGGCGUAAAUCUUUGUAUCUCUGAGUAUUUCUUGAGGAUUGACUUCUCUGAAGAUCAAAACAUCUGACUUACGUUUUUAGACUCUGGAUAGGAAUCUCCCAUUUGUUUUCUAGCCCACACUCUGCCGCAGCCUGACAGGGGCCCGUUUCAUUGCUCCAUCAUAGACGAUAAUGGAGUCUCAUCAAUUAAUGACCUUUAGGUCACGUCUCUUUCAAGACAUUUGUCUUAUAAAAUUGUUUUUGCCUCCUAGUACAAAUAACUAGUAUGUCUUUCAAUUAGCACAUGUAAUUCAACUGUGAUUUUUUUUAUAAUAUUCUUAAUCCAACUUAAAAAUUUGGUCGUUUUUACUUAAAGGGAUAUAAAAAUCCUUACUGCUACAAACAUGUUCAUGACAGCUGUACAGUGAAGGUACUUUUGUCUUCACAAAGGUAUAAAUUUAUAAUGAAAUGUACUGAUUCUGUCCUUAUUGAUGGAUGGAUUUUUCAAGUAAUGAAUGAGUCAGUAUUUUUUUUCUUAUAUGAACAGAAUAAAAAGGAAACGCUGGUAAUGCUCUGAAUGUUUGCUCUCGGCAGGAUAAGAAUAGACGUAAGGAGGGGUGUGGCAGGGCAUGGGGCAAGAUCAAGAACGAUAUUUUCUUCCAUAGUAGGAACUAAACAAUAUUUAAAACUGAAAAAUAAAUAGCACUUUAAGCAUAUUAUGUUUUUUUAAAAAGGAGGGGAGGGUAGUAAAUACCAAAUGAGUAGUUAAGAGUGGAGGAGGGCUCCUUAGGGAAGGCGCAAGGGGUCUGUGAGGGGCAGUCAGAGGACUACUAUUUUUCAUAAGCCUAAUAGGACUAGUGCUGUUUGAUAUAUUGAACUAUUUAUGCGUGUUUGUAUUCAUUUAGCUUAACAAUUACAUUAAAACACAUACACAUAGAUAAGAUACUGCUCUGAAUAAUUGUAUCAAUUGCUGGUCUCCAACUUUUUUCAAAAUGUAAAUCUGAGCCUAGUACCAGCCCCAUCCCCUUCUUGAAACUUCUUAAUGGCCUUGCCUUAGCCACCCUGUCCAACCUUUUUCACAAUGCCACUCACUUUUGCAGCUCCAACUUCUCUUAGUCCUUUGUGGGAGGUUUCUGUUCUUGCACAGCCUUGGCACAGGCGGCUCCUCUGCUCCCUGGACCUGGAAUGUUCUUUCUCCUCUCCCCAUGUUAACCCCUACUGGGCCUUAUGAUCACUGCUGUCACAUCCUUUUGGAAGUCCUGGACGUCACCUGUUGGGAGCAUGUUCUUCUCACAGCACCUGCAACCCACCUUCCUGGUGCUUGUCCCUUUAUAUUUUCAUGUUGCUUGUGUGAGUAUUUGAUGUUUCUCUUUCUCACUAGAACUGUAAGCUUCCCAAGAGCAAAACUGUCUUUUUUGUUUCCCUGUGUGCCCUAGCUCUUAGCUCAGUGCCUGGAACAUAUGAGGCACUCAAUAAAUGGUGACUGGCUCAAUUUUCCUUGACAUCCUGUUAUUCUAUUAAGAUGGAAUACCUCGUUCUCCUAGGGAUGUUUCCUGAUUAAUAAAAAUAACAAACAAAAAUCCCCACCUUUAAUCUCUGAA